UUGAAGAUGGUCAUACGACGCGUCUGAAGCGGCUCCCUUGGCCGUCCGACGGGUCCGAGCAUCGGCGUGUAACAAUGCUAUCUUUCUCCUUUGAUUAAUUUUCUGAAAUUCGUCCUUCUAGGGUUUCUCUGCACAAUGAUUCCUCUCGUCUUUAAUAGGGAGUAUGCAGGAACAGGAGGAAGAUCAUUAAUUGGUGAAACGUUGUCAGUUGGAUCCUUUUUCUUGAUAAGUUAAUGUGUUUCGCCAUUUGAUUUUCGGACAAUGGACUGAAGUUAUCGGAACUGUUAGAUUGGCUGCUUGAGAUAAACAUGAUGUCUUGGGAUUGAAGUUCAGUAGUGAAACUAUUGUGAUGGAGAUGACUGAUAUGUAGCGUUGGUAUGGCCCAAGAAACUCAUUUAUUGAACAAAGUAUUGUUUCUCGUUCGCAUUUAUCCUGUUGCUUUUGCACCUUUCAUGCAGGGAUUGUAUUCUGAAUUAUUGGAAUCGAUAGCUACCAACCGUUCUUGGUAACUAAAUCUCUAUUGGGAAUAUAUUUGUAUCUCUGUUUUCCGUGAUUAUCAUUAUGUCAGUGCAGUUCAUAUGCUUGCAGUUUAGUUUGUUUCUGACAGGAUAACGGCAUGGGGUUUGGCACGAGUAUGUGGCGUCCAUUGAAAUGCCUAAACCCAAACUUGCUUUUGUUUCCAUGCUUUCUUCUACGUUUUACAGUUUUUUCCCGUUUGCAUCGGAAAUUAUUCAAUGAGAAGAGAAUUCGAGGAGGCCGAUCCCCGAUGGCUGGCGACUGGUGAAGGGAACCAAGAAGAACGGUACUCAUUACUCGUACUACAUAUGCCCAGAAACUAAGCAGCGGUUUUCCUCUUAUGAGAACCUCAUGCGUUAUGUCCAUUAUGCUGAAGUUGCACUUGUUUCCAUCUAUUCACCUUAUUUUCAUGGCAAACCAAGAAAAGGUGACAUGCCAACCAGCUCCAACUGUCAAAUCGUGGUUGGCCCGAAGCCCGGUUCAGAUGGCGAAGAUGAAUCUUCUGAUGACACGAGCUCUGAUUCAGAAGACUUUGAUGUACCCGAGAACGUUUUGGCCGAAGAGGAGCUAAAUCCGAUCCCUGACAUGUAUGCCCUUCCACCCAUGGAUUCGAUCGUUCUGCUGCCCAAUGAAGAGGAAGAGACCCAAACUGAAACCGGAAAGAGAGGACAACCCAGAGAACGGACCAAAAGGCCAAGCCACAAGACCAAGAUUUGGACGUCGAGAUUCAACAGCAUCAAGGGGAAGCGGAUGUUGAGGAAAAGAAGAGAAGAUUACAUGCUUCUUCGUAUCGUACCCAAAAGGCGGAGACUUUGAGCCAUCUUACUGUUUCCAUUUGUUCACCAUCUCCUAUUACAGACUCCAUAGAUUAUGCUUUUACAGAGGAACCAUCAGAACUAAAAGCCUCUAUUUUUUGUUACCUUAAAACCCAACAAGACAAGAAAGAAUAUCGUGUGUUGUAUGUUCGAUUUUUACCAAUGAUGAUGUACCCUUUGAUCUAAACUUGCCAUGGAGUCAGGAACUAACAGUGAAGACGGAGAUAGAUUUAGAAUGUGUGGCUUCCAAUGGGUCUUAGUUUUACGUGCCUCCCAUUAAAUCACUUCCCCGAAACUUGGAACAGAAACCAAACCCCCCAAAAAAAACAUGUCUCCGUCCGAAGCUGUAGAUCCGAAACACGCAACGGCGGUCGUACGAUUCUUCGAGAACAUCGGAGUUUCGGGUUUGGUCGGAGGCGAUUUCACCUCCGCCGACUCGUUUUCCGACAUCAUCUGCCACUAUCUCACAGCUCUCUCCGUCGCGCGCGGUCGCGUCACCUGUUCACUCUCCGUCCAACCAUCUCUCGUUAAUGUCUUCAAAGGUUUACAUGGAGGAGUAGUAGCAUCAGUUGCAGAGAGAGUGGCGAUUGCUUGUGCGAGGACCGUCGUGGCUGAGGAUAAGCAGCUCUUUCUCGGGGAACUGAGCAUCUCUUAUCUCUCCUCUGCCCCUCUCACGUCUGAAGUAGUGGUGGAGGGUUCUUUGGUAAGGAGUGGAAGAAACCUAACAGUUGUGACAGUUGAGUUCAAGAUCAAGGACACCAAGAAGCUCGCCUAUAUCGCCCGAGCCACCUUCUACAAUCUCCCCACCUCCAAGCUUUAAUCUCUGCAUUUUCGAUACCCAGUCUCCGGAACUUGAUCAAUAACAACUUUUCUGAAUUCAGAAAAGUACAUGUAUCCAAAAAAAAAAACCGGCAUGGUUGCUGAUAUAUUUAUGCAUGUGCAUUGCUCAA